AUGUCGACCUGGCACACCCCCGCGACGCGCACAGAGCUCAUCGAGAACCUCGUCUCCGGCGUUGACCGGUACAACCCCUCCAAUGUCGGCAUCCUUGAGGACUACCUCUACCACCAGAUCCGGUCGCAGGAGUAUGACUGCAUGGCCAAUUUGGCGAUCUUGAAGCUCUACCAAUUUAACCCCGAGCUCUACAACCCCGACGUCGUCGUAAACGUCCUUCUCAAGGCCCUCACCGCCGUGCCCGGGCCCGACUUCAACCUCUGCAUCUCCCUCCUUGACGAGCGACCCCCCAAUGCCUCGCUCGACGAGCCCGAUCCCCUUCCCACCCUACUUCCUGUGCUCAAGGGCCUCCACGACUUCCUUUACCGCUGCCGCUUCCCGGCCUUCUGGAAGGCGUACCGGUCCUCGGAGUGCGAGGCGCUGCGCGAUAACUACACCGUCGAGUGCGUCGGAUUUGAGGAUGCCAUCCGGGAGGUGGCGAUCCGCGCGGUGAAGGCGACGUUUACGAAGAUCUCGAAGGACAGGCUAGCGACGUACCUCGAUCUGAGCGGUGCCGAGCUUGACGCGUAUGUUGAGAAGCUGGGCUGGACAACGACUGGGGACGUUGUCGCCGUCCCACCAAACCCGGACAACCACAUCGAGGCUACCGUGGUGCAAGAAAGCAUUAAGUUGCCGCAACUGACCAAGGUCAUUGCUCACGGCGCUGCCAAGCCAUAG